AACAUUUCUCUUUUUAACAUUCAAGUCCUCCGGGAAAGAGGCGACGCAGAUUAUAAACCAACCACCGAGAGCUUCUCCGCCGGAGAGCGAUCCUGAUCUCGAUCACAAACUUCGAUUUCGAAUGGCUUCUUCAAGUCUCGGGAGCUCAAUCCCCGCGCCAGAGGCUGUUCAGCUUCUGGUGUCUUCUCUAGCUGAUGAUUCCUCUGUGGUGAGAGAAGCUUCCAUGGCUUCAUUGAGAGACAUUGCCUCACUGAAUCCGCUUCUGGUGCUAGAUUGUUGCUAUGCUGUGUCACGUGGAGGAAGAAGGCGGUUUGGUAACAUGGCUGGGGUUUUUCAAGUGAUGGCAUUCAGUGUUGGUGCGUUGGAGAUAGGGGAGAGUGAUGAAGCUUUCAUGGGGAAGCUUGCUAAGAUUGCUACAGCUGAGAUUAUAUCUUCCAAGGAACUAAAUGCUGAUUGGCAAAGGCAAGCGUCAGGGCUCCUUGUCUCAAUUGGAACACAUUUUCCUGAUCUUAUGAUGGAAGAAUUAUUUCUUCAUCUGUCUGGUCCGGCUUCAGCUUCGCCUGCUAUGGUUCAAAUUCUUGCUGAUUUUGCCUCUUCUGAUGCUUUGCAGUUCACUCCACGCCUUAAAGAUGUACUUUCAAGGGUGUUGCCUAUUCUUGGGAAUGUUCGAGAUGUACACCGACCAAUAUUUGCAAAUGCAUUUAAGUGCUGGUCUCAGGCAGUGUGGCUAUACAUCACCGAUCUUACCUCAGAUUCUCCUCUUGACAGCGAUGUCAUGUCUUUUCUAAAUUCAGUUUUUGAGCUGUUGUUGAGAGUUUGGACAACUUCCCGAGAUCAUAAGGUACGAGUAUCUACUGUAGAGGCUCUGGGUCAGAUGGUCGGUCUUAUCACGCGGACACAACUGAAGUCAGCAUUACCAAGGCUUAUUCCAGCAAUACUUGAAUUGUAUAAGAAAGAUCAUGACGAUGCUCUUUUGGCGACAUGUAGUCUUUACAACCUAUUAAAUGCCUCAUUACUUUCUGAAUCUGGUCCUCCGCUGCUUGAGUUCGAGGACCUUACAAUUGUUCUGUCGACACUUCUUCCUGUGAUCAGUAUAAAUAGUGAAAACAAAAGGCACUCAGGUAGUUCAGUGGGACGAAAGGCAUACAAUGAAGUGCAGCGGUGUUUUCUGACUGUUGGCUUGGUUUACCCCGAGGAUUUGUUUACAUUUCUUCUUAAUAAAUGCAAGUUGAAAGAAGACCAUUUGACUUUUGGUGCCCUCUGUGUCUUGAAACAUCUGCUUCCGAGGUUACUUGAAGCUUGGCACUCAAAACGGCCUCUUUUGAUUGAGGCUGCAAGGUCUUUGUUAGAUGAGCAAAGUUUAGCUGUUCGAAAAGCUCUUUCAGAGUUGAUCGUGGUCAUGGCUUCACAUUGCUAUCUGGUCGGUCCAUCUGGGGAAUUAUUUGUUGAAUACCUUGUACGCCAUUCUGCAAUAGGAGAGAUUGAUAAUCUGAAGGCAAAAGGGGAGCCAAUUAGUCCAACACAGCUAAGAGCAGUUUGUGGAAAAGGUCUUCUGCUCUUGACCGUUACAAUUCCAGAGAUGGAGUACAUUCUUUGGCCUUUCCUACUGAAAAUGAUUGUCCCUAAGGUUUACACUGGCGCUGUUGCAACAGUCUGUAGAUGCAUAUCUGAAUUGUGUCGUCGUAGAUCUUCAACCACCCCCAUGUUGAUUGAGUGUAAAGCUCGUGCUGAUAUUCCAAGCCCCGAGGAGUUAUUUACCCGUUUGGUGGUUCUUUUACACAACCCUCUGGCAAAAGAGCAGUUAGCAACCCAAAUUUUGACGGUCCUUAACUAUUUGUCCCCUCUUUUUCCAAAGAACAUAAGCAUGUUUUGGCAAGAUGAGAUUCCAAAAAUGAAGGCGUAUGUCUUUGACACGGAGGAUCUGAAGCUUGAUCCAUCUUACCAGGAAAACUGGGAUGACAUGAUAAUCAAUUUUUUAGCAGAAUCACUGGAUGUCACUCACGAUGCUGACUGGGUUAUAUCUCUUGGAAAUGCUUUUGCAAAACAAUACAAUCUUUAUACUCCGGAUGAUGACCAUGCAGCACUUCUACACCGGUGUAUGGGAAUACUUCUCCAGAAAGUUAAUGAUAGAGCAUAUGUUCGUGACAAGAUUGACUGGAUGUACGAACAGGCUGACAUUUCUAUACCUGCAAAUAGACUUGGUUUAGCGAAGGCCAUGGGGCUGGUCGCUGCUUCUCAUUUGGACACUGUACUGGAAAAGCUCAAAGUCAUUUUGGAUAAUGUUGGGCAGAGUAUUUUUCAAAGGAUCUUAUCUCUCUUCUCUGAGAGCUAUAAAACAGAAGACAGUGAUGAUAUACAUGCUGCUUUGGCUUUGAUGUAUGGAUAA